AUGUCCUUUAUUAAUAGGAAACAAGCCCACGAACAAUAUCCGAAUAAUCCAGGAAUGUCACAUCAAAGCAAUACAUCAAUAUCUACCCCGGGAAAUGCUUCUAAUAACCAGAAACGAGCAUUGGGUAACUUAAAACUUGAGUUGUUAAACGAACAGAAACAAGAAAUAAGGGAAGCGUUCUCUCUUUUUGAUAUGAACAACGAUGGAUGUUUGGAUUACCAUGAGUUAAAAGUGGCGUUCAGAGCCUUAGGUUUUGAAUUAUCAAAAAGAGAGGUGUUGGAUAUUAUCCACGAAUAUGACACAGAUGACAGGAAUUUAAUUACGUACGAAAACUUUUUCCAGGCAGGUAUGUAUAUUUGAGGUAGUAGAAUUUGGCAUUUAUAGUUUACGGACUAUUGAAGGUCAUUGAUUUACAUUUGGAGGGAUACUAACUUUUUUUUUUAUAGUCGGCGAAAAAAUUGUGAAUAGGGACCCAUUGGACGAAAUACGCAGAGCCUUCAAGUUAUUCGACGACGAUGGUACCGGGAAAAUCAGUUUAAGAAACUUAAGAAGAGUGGCCAAGGAAUUAGGAGAGAAUUUAACCGAUGACGAAUUGAGAGCUAUGAUUGACGAAUUUGAUCUAGAUGAAGAUGGAGAGAGUAUGUAUAAUACGAAUUACCGAAGCACGCAUGUCUAGAAUGAUGAACAAGAAUACUAACAUUUUACCAUAGUCAAUGAACAGGAAUUCAUUAAUAUCUGUACGGAAUAG